AUGAGCUUCCAGGACCUGCUCCGCGACAUGGAGGCCGGCGUGCUGAAGCCGGCGCCGCCACCGGCGCAGGAGGUGGCGCACGGCUUGUUCCAGCUUCAGACCAAGGUGGCGGCGCUCCGAAACAACGACGACGAAAGAUUGGCCUAUCAGAAACAGCAGCAGCAGAUCGCCGUGCCGCCAACGCAGCAGGACCUCGUCUUGCUCGACAGCGACGUCGAGUUCCACGAGGCCGUCAUCGCGGAGAGGGAGCAGGCGAUGCAGGAGGUGCAGCAGGAUAUCGCCGACAUCCACGAGAUCUUCAAGGACCUCGCCAUGCUCGUCCACGACCAGGGAGAGUGCAUCGAGAUCGUCACCUCCAACGUCGACAGGACGGCGGCGGCGACGAGCCAGGCGGAGGCGCAGCUCUCGAGGGCUGCCGGAAUUCGAGAGGAGGAGAAGGAGCAGAUCCUGAACCAUUCAGGAGCUGUGGACAACACAUCCAAGAAAUGCUUGCUGCUGACCGUUCUAGGGUUGUUCCUGCUGAUCAUGGGAUUAGGCGUCGGCGCCAGCACGAGCGGCGUGGCCGCGUGCAAGCACCUCCUGGAGAGGGGCUUCCAGCCGGUGGUGUUCGAGGCUGGCGCGUCCAUCGGCGGCCAGUGGACGCGCACGCUCGCCUCCACCAGGCUCCAGUAG